AUGACCCUCCCACGUCAAAACUCCCCUACCGUUGCCCAAAGCGGAGCCUUGCUGCGUCCUGGCGAUGAUGCAGUGGCACUCAAGCGUGAAGCGGAAAGGCGAACUCUGUUCCAGAAAACAUCCAAUAAUGCGCUCGACAUACCGAAUGGAUACCGUAAGGUUGAAGUGCUCAUCCUCCGGUGGGAUGAAAGCAUCGAUGAGUUCAAAGACGGGCACAACAAGGAGGUUCAGAGGCUGAAAUGGUUAUUCUCCAAAGGCCUUGGCUAUGGGGUCACAAUCGCGAAUAUCAAGAACACUCGCAACCCCCAGGUCGCGUUCAACCUCGAGAUCCUUCAGCAUGUGCACAAACAUGAUGAUGAGGACAACCUUCUCAUCGUUUAUUACACAGGACACGGUAGCCAAGUUGUUGAUGGCAACGUCCGAAACCUGGAGCUAUCCGCGACAGAAGGAUCGAGUGUCUCCGGUAAUUUCGCACCAGUCGCUUUCUGGGGCCAAGCAGAAGAGCCUCUACGCACCCUUGCCACGGCUGAUGUGCUGUCAAUCCUAGACUGCUGUUGCGCUAGUACUGCAGCCGUCAAGGGUAGAAGCACCGAGCUGAGAGCAUACCAGCUGUUGGCAGCAUCGACAUUAGAAGGCUACACGAAUGAGCCUGGGGAGAAGUCGUUUACUACGGCCUUCUGUGACUCGCUCGAAGAACUGAUCGAGGAGUCUAAAGAAGAGAGUUUUUCCGUCAUCAAGCUCUGGGAGAGGAUCAACACUAAACGAGCAUCCAAUGCUGCACUCAUAUGGGAUCGCCUCUAA